UUCGCACUUUCCCCACAUGUUUAUGUUUUGCUUUGCGGCAUGUGCUCCAAUUGGAUGAUCUUGCCGCUAAAUUUGCUAGAUAAAAGCGAAUUAGAGCUACAACGUUGUUUGAUACCCUACCAGGAGGAUGGUGUGGUAACUAUCAAUGGCGCUUGGUGCAAAUGUGUGCUUGAGGAUGGCAGCUACACCGUUUGUCGUGUGGAGCAGCGCGCUGGAGCUGAAAGAAGUUGCUUUGUGGACGGUUUGGUGGCAUCAGCAGGAUUCGUAACCAACAAGCAACGUGUACGCUGCCUCGAGCCCCUAGCUUUGGCAACCAACGUGGAACGAGUGAUCUGCACUGUUCAUAUUACCGAACAGCUACUGCGACGGCCGCAAAUCUCUUUGGAGCAACUGCAUCAGGAUGUGGCCAUCUUCAUGCGCCACCUGAAGCUGAUGAAAGGUUGUCAUGUGCAACACGAACGACUGCUGAAACUGGGCAUUGCCAGCAUUGAGAUUUGCGAUGUACUGGGUCCAGAUUUGGCAUCCAACAGCUGCUUCGAGCUGACGACGCUGGAGAUCUCGGACGUGCAUCUGCCAGCGGCCACAACUUUGCCACGCAUCAAACGCUUUCAGCCCCACGGUUUUGAGGCUCCUUUGCAGGCACUGGAACAGCUGCUGCAGAGUUCUCGACGAGCGCAAUUUAAAGGAUUGCCUCUAAAUGCUCUCCUAGUCGGCGCCGUCGGCUCCGGGAAGAGCUGCCUGCUCGCCGAGUUUCUGCACCGACAUAACUGCAAUUGCUUCAAUAUAACCGCCUCCCAAGUUCUACGCUCACAGCCCGGCGAAACGGAAGCGGAGCUGCGCCGCAUCUUCCACUCAGCUCACUCUUUUCAGCAGCUGUUACAUCCGAAGCAGCCAAUUGUCAUAUUGCUGGAGGAUCUGGAGCUCUUGUGUCCGGCAACUAGCUCCUCUGAUGCUCGGAACUCGGGCAAUGCCGUGCGCAUAACAGCGCAGCUCUACAAGCUCAUCGACGAGCUGCCGCAGCGCAGUCGCGGCAUUUUGUGCCUGGCCAGCAGCAGCGCGCCCAAUGCAGUGCAUCCGCAUGCAAGGCGCGCCGGUCGCUUCGGUCAUGAGAUCUGCAUCGACAUGCCCACGGAGCUGCAACGUCGUCAACUGUUUGCGGGACUCUGGCAACAACAGCUCGAAGAGCAGCAGCAGCAGGAACAGGAUUUGCAACUGCUUACUCCGGCACUGCUGGUCUAUGUGGCACAGCAAACGCAAGGCUAUGUCAUAGCGGACCUAACACUUCUCCUACGCCAACUACAGCAAAGAAUGCUUAACCUGUCGCCCACGCCAGCCGAGUUCGAUCUAUUACUAAGGAAUUCCCUUUUGCAGCUCCAGCCGAGCGCUUCUCGAGCUACGGAUGUGAGAGUGCUAAAACUCUCCACUGGCUUCGAGUCGAUUGGCGGCAUGGCUGCACUCAAGCGCACGCUGCAGGUCUCCGUCUUGGCUGCUCUGCGCCACAGCGAGGCGCAUGCCCGCUUUGGCUUGAGCCUGCCGAAGGGCUUGCUGCUCUAUGGUCCGCCUGGCUGCGCCAAGACGUCCAUUGCCAAGUGCCUGGCCAAGGAGGCGAACAUGACCUUCAUAGCCAGCUCGGCGGCGGAGGUCUACUCUCCGUAUGUGGGCUGUGCGGAGCGCUUCAUUACGCAAAUCUUCAACACGGCGCGCAAGAAUGCGCCAUGCCUCAUAUUUCUGGACGAGAUCGACUCGCUUGUCGGCCGUCGCACAGUUGGAAAUGGCUCAGGCGGCGGUGUCCAGCUGCGCAUCCUCUCCACACUACUCACCGAAAUGGACGGCAUUGUGAGCGGGGACAAUGUGCAGCACAUUCUCGUGGUGGCCGCCACCAAUCGCCCAGACAUGCUGGAUGAUGCGCUACUGCGUCCCGGUCGCUUCGACAAACUCAUCCAUGUGCCGGCGCCGGACCUGACCUCACGUCUGGCCCUACUCCAGCUGCAUGCCCAACGCAUGCCCUUCCAUGCCAACGUGCAGCUCGAGGAGAUUGCCGCACGCACCGAGCGCUACUCUGGCGCGGAUCUGUGCAACCUUUGCAAUGAGGCAGCCAUCGAGGCCUUCCAGCGAGACUUCAAUGUCAGCCACAUUGAGCUGCAGGACUUUGAAACGGUCUUGGCCCGGCAAAAGUCAUCACUCGACCAGCGCCAGAUCGAGAGCUAUUAUAAGUUUGCAGCGAGGCAUUUAUAAGA